AUGCCUAUAAAGACCAUUUUCGUCACCUGUGGUGCUACUGUCCCAUUUCCUCAAUUGGUAGAGGCUGUACUGUCUCCCAGAAUCGUUGAAGAAUUGCUAAAUCUUGGAUUUAAGAGGAUCAUUGUACAGUUUGGUAGAAAUUACCGAGAAUCAUUUACCCAGUCAAUAAACGUUGACCAAUCAUUACCACCAUCGCAAACAUAUUUGGGGUUUAAUGGCGAUCCCGUCCACGGUUUUUCCCAAGGUUCUUCAGGGAAACUGGAAAUCAUAGGAUUCGAAUACUCUACGAGAAUUCAAGAUGUAAUUCAAGAGAAUGCUGAUUUGGUCAUCUCUCAUGCUGGUACUGGAUCUAUCUUAGAUUCAUUGAGAUUGGGAAAACCCUUGAUAGUCUGUGUCAAUGACACGUUGAUGGAUAAUCAUCAACAAGAAAUUGCUGAUCAAUUUGCAUCAUCAAACCACCUAUGGGCAUGUUUACCGAGAGUAGACGACGUCGUCCAAUGUCUCAGAAGAUCACAAACUGAAAGAACAGAACCGUUUCCAUCUGCAUACAACAGAAAUUUUGAAAAAGCAUUGGAAGAUUUAGCGUACGGAACAUCUAACUAA